AAACAAAGAGAACUGUUUGACCUGAUUCCAUCACAUCCACACCUCUCUACCCUCUCUAAUGGCGGAAGAGGAAGAAGAUUCGAAAGUCCACGCUCCCAUCUCAAAUUCUCCUUCAAAACAAUCUCAACCUUUUGUGGAGGUCAUUUGCAAAAGUUCCGGGAAGAGGAGACGCUUUGCCGCCGGCACGGAGGCGGGGUUUGCAUCUUCUUUGAUUAACCGGAAGCUUGGUGAUGAUGGGCCGCCCGCGUUGUACAUUGAAGCGGUGAAAGAAGAGGAGGAGUCUGUAAGCUUUGGCCCCAAUUCGGUUCUCGUAAAUUACGGCGAUGGCUGGGAGUUGCAAACUGUUAAUGAAGCACAAGGUACGAGAAAAAGGGAUUUCGGUUACCAAACACGUGUCCCGUCUCCCAUGGGCCCGGAUGACUCGCGUCGCAUGAAGAAGGCAGUGCCAGUGUCACCACCACUCGAUAAUUAUUGGUACAUUGGGAAGAUAUUGCUGGCUUUCAUUUUAAUUUUUGUCAUGGGUGCAGUUCUAACAUUGGCUUUGGAGAAUCUUCCAAGGCUAAUUUUGCUAAUCAACUCAUCCAUUUAAUCGUCAUUGUUGCGCAACACAACCUUUUUCUAUUUUCCUUCUGGUGGAAAUUUGGUUCUUGUAACAUAGUAUACCAUAGCUUGAUUGGAUGAAUCAUUUCUAUAAAGCUAUUAGGAUUGAUAAACCAA